GGCUCUGCCAGUGCCAGUCACUACAUAACCUUAGUGCUCAUCGCUGCCUACGACGCUCGACACUCGUUUGCCUUCUCUGUUGAAUGAAUCUGGAUCUAAACUCUCUGGUGAUAUAAUGGACGUCGACGCACUCUCCGCGACGCAGAAGGAGGCCUUGGCUCAGCUCCAGGCAAUCAUGGACGGUGGCGACGCCGACGUGGCAGUCAGCGUGUUAGAAAGUGUAGACUGGGACGUGCAGCGCGCCGCCAACCUGAUAUUCGAGAAUGGAAUCCCACCCCCAAAGCCCCGCGCCCCCUCACCCACCGCCCACAUCGAAGAGUUCGACAUCGACGACUCCGCGCAGGGCCUGCUGGGCAACAACUCGCGCGGCGGCCGCGAGUUCCGGCGCGUGCACGCGUCCUCGUCGCCCGGCGUACUCAGCGCACGGCCCCUCCGCGCCGUCCUCGCCGUCCUCACGCUCCCGCUGCGCCUCCUCACCUCCGUGCUCCGCUUCAUCUUCCGCAUCCUGCGCAUCCCGUUCCCCCAGUUCGUGCCCUUCACGUGGUCGAGCCUGCAGUACCGCCCGCUCGGCCCCGGCUCGGGCGCGGAUGGGCGCGCGCUGGACCCGAGGGCGCAGGCGGAGCGGUGGGUCCGCGCGCUCGAGGAGGAGACGGGCGCGGUGUGUGUUGGCCGUGCGGGCGCGAGAAGGGCGGAGGCGAAGGCGGGCAGCACGGCGAGCGGUGCGGACGUCGCAGGCACGUCGAGCUUGACGUCGCGGGCGGGUGAGUAUGGCGAUGAUGGAGGGGAGGGCGUGGCGAAGCUCCUGCCGGACUUCUUCCUCGGGAGCUACGAGGAGUUUGUGAAAAUGUGCGAGCGCGGUGCGAAGGUCGGGUGUGUGGUGCUCGUGAGCGAGGAGCAUGAUGAUGUGCCCGAGUUCAAGCGGAGCACCUUGACGGACCCGACACUGAUCAAGAUCAUCCAGGACAACGACAUUUUGGUCUGGGGCGGUGACAUCCGGGAUAAAGAGGCAUGGAGUGCUGCACAGAAGCUUCAAGCAACCACGUAUCCCUUCGUCGCAUUCAUCGCGCUCCAACAGCGCCGACUAGGCAGCUCCGGGUCGGCCCCAGCAAAUGUCCUGACCAUCCUCUCGCGGCACCAGGGACCCUCCAUCCCGUCCACGUCUGCGCCCACUGCGGCACAGACGCUCACCACGCACCUCACCGAGCAGCUCCUCCCGCGCGUCACGCCCUUCCUUACGAAGGUGCGCGCCCAGGCCUCCGAGCGCGACCGCGAGCGGCAGUUGCGCGCGGAGCAGGACCGUGCGUUCGAGGAGAGCCGGCGGAGGGACAAGGAGCGUAUCGAGCAGCGUCAGAACGAAGAGCGGCACGCACAGCAGGAGCAGCGCCGCCGCGCCGAGGCCGAAGCUCGCGCACAGGAGGAAGCUCGCGCGCAGGAGGCGGCGCAGCGCGCAUGGGACGCGCAUCGUAUGGAGUGGCGCAAGUACCUCCGCCGCCAGCUCGUCAUGCGCGAACCGCGGCCCGGCGAGACGGGGCGCGGGAAGACGAUGCGCGUCGGGUUCAGGAUGCCGGACGGGCGCCGGUCGGUGCGGUUCUUCGGCGAGAGCGAUACGGUCACGUCGCUCUACGCGUACGUGGACUCGAUGUUCGCGCCCAAGGAGGUGCCCGACAAGGCUGACCCGGUCGUGCCUCCUGGGAACGGCGCACCCGGAGAGGUGGGCUUGCUCAAGGAGAUCGAGGGCUCUGGCCGCGCACCGGAGAAGUGGUGGGCCUUCAAGCUGUGGCUGGCGUACCCGCGCAAGGAGGUCGUGUGGGAGCCCUCGAAGAGGCUUGGCGAUGUUGAGGCCCUGCGCGGUGGUGGGCAGCUGAUUGUGGAGCUGGUCGCGGACGCAGAGAGCGCGAAGGCGAAGGGCAAGCAGCGCGCGUCGGACGUGCCGGCUGGUGAAGACGAAGACGACGACGGCUAUGAGACAGAGGAUUAGCGUCGAGAUUGCAGGGACGUAUACGUCGAUAUGGAUUGGAGACACAGUGUGUCAGCGCAGUAGAUUCGGUAUUCUAUGGCUAAAUGAAUCGCUCGGACCUCUUUUUCGCUCUCGUUGGCUCGCUAUCGUAUGCUUCUCUAGUCCUAGACAGCUCUCCAGCAUAAUAGAUCAGAUGGAUUGUCUUAUUAACCCU